ACCAGGAAGUGCGGAAGAAAGCGAACACCGAAACCCGAAAGGCUGAAGUUUCACCGACUGAUUUUGCCUUUUUAAAACUACUUUUUCGCUCACUGUCCGUGAAGGUUUUUUUGUGUAUUUGUUGGAGUCACCAAGAGUCGCCUCAAGAUGCCAAACAUGGAAAAACAGCUCUUCAACCUAAAGUUUGCUGCCAAAGAACUUCAGAGAAAUUCCAAAAAAUGUGACAAAGAGGAAAAACUGGAGAAGGCUAAAGUCAAGAAAGCCAUCCAGAAGGGGAAUAUGGAAGUGGCGAGAAUCCAUGCAGAGAACGCCAUCAGACAGAAGAACCAGUCUGUGAACUUUCUCAGGAUGAGCGCUCGGGUAGAUGCAGUUGCAGCGAGGGUCCAAACUGCAGUUACAAUGAACCAGGUCACAAAGUCUAUGGCUGGAGUGGUGAAAGGCAUGGAUGCCACUCUGAAAUCCAUGAAUCUGGAAAAGAUUUCAGGGCUCAUGGAGAGAUUUGAGCGCCAGUUUGAAACUCUGGAUGUUCAGACAGCCCAUAUGGAGGACACCAUGAGCAGCACAACAACACUCACAACACCACAGAAUCAAGUGGAGUCACUGAUGCAUGAAAUGGCUGAUGAAGCAGGAUUGGACCUGAACAUGGAGCUCCCUCAGGGACAGACUGGAUCAGUGGGUACCAGCGUGGCCUCUGCAGAACAGGAUGAACUGUCGCAAAGGCUCGCCAAACUCCGAGACCAAAUGUGAAGGACGACUGCAGUGGACUGGCACUGUCAUGCAGAGUUCCAGAACACUACCUGAAUAUUACUCCCACACACACACCUUUUAUUUACAUCAUGUCUCUUCUCCUCUUUACAUCUUGUGUGUCUCUGUCGAGGAGCUAC